AUGACGAUCCCGAAUGAUCACAAGCAGAUUUGUUCUAGCUAUGGAGCGCCUACGUCCGGUAAUGCAAACGGAAACACUGGGGAUAGUGUGACCGUGCCCCAGCUUACCCCGGGUAAUGACGGGGCUUCCUACCCGAGUGAAGAUGAGAACUCCGGCGUAGCAGAUACUGCCAACCCUCCAGCUGCGAAUCCGCCGGCCCCAAGUUCCCAAGUUUCAAGCGCUCCAGCUGUGGCACCUCAGCCCACUACAGUAGGUACAAUUGUCACAAAGUCUGACUAUAUCACGCCUGAUCCUACAUUCGAACCUACUCCGGAGUCCAGCUCUCCCGUUCCAGACACACCAGCUCCGAACUCCCCAGCUGCACCUGAGCCAGCUCCUCCCGCGACUACCAACUAUAUCAUGCCCGACCUAACUCAAUCCACUCCUGAGUCCACUGAGCCCUCCACACCCGAGCCUACCCACGAGUCUCCCCCUACCCAUACAGGUCCCAGGCCAAGGCCCACACAUGAGUGGCCUGGCGCCGCGCCUUUCUGGCAGCCGAAACCUCAUGACCAUGAGGGCGAUUGGCAUAGUGAGGGAGGACCUGCACCACCGAAGCCCGAGAACACUCUUAUUGCUCCGGCCGUUCAAGAUGAUGACUUCUCGUUGCUGGACUUUCUCCGCAAAGCGGAAGAGUAA